AUGUAUGAAACGACAAGCUACGACGUCGUCGGCGGCGAGGUCGCAGACGAGGUCAAGGACGAGGAGAAGCAAAUCGACGUGACGGGCGUCGAGGUCGCGCUCGACGAGCGUCCGCCGGAGCCGCCACUCGCCGCUGCGCCGCCACCGCCGCCUGACGAGCCAGCAGCGACGCCCUUCGACGAGGAGACCACACCACAAACAAUCGACGAGCCGCCGAACCCGUUCGACCAGCCCUUCGACGAGCCCACGACGCCGACGACGCCGGCGCCGAUCCCGCCGAACCCAUUCGCCGCGGAGGACGCCGGGGCGGCGCCGGCGCUGUUCGACGAGCCGACAACACCGACGGGAGCAACGAUCCCGCAACAAACAGAAGUACCGACGCCGUGCCGGCGGGACUCGGAGAUCGCGCGGGAGCUCCACGAGGCGGACGCGGCGCGCGCGCGCGAGCUCGACGAGGCGCGGCGGCGCGACGAGGAGCUGGCGGCGCGGCUCGCGGCGGACGACGAGCGCGAACGGGACGCCGCGCGGAAGCGCGACGAAGAGCUGGCGGCGCAGCUCCUCGAGGACGACGAGCGGGAGGCCCGGGCGGCCGCGGCGCAGCGCGAGCUCGACGACGCGGCGGCGGCGGCGCGCCUCGCGUCCGAGAUGGCCGACGCCGAGCGCGCUCUGGAAAUGCGGGCGGAGAGCGACGCGGCGGUGGCGCGGCGCCUGGCGGGCGAGGUUCCGCUGCGCCGCGGGAGCUCGGACGAGGCCUACGCGCGCGCCGUCGCGCUCGCGCUCGAGGACGAGGACGAGGAGGACGAGGCGCGGACGCGCGACGACGCGCUCCUCGCGCGCGCGCUGCAGCACGAGGAGGCGCACGACGCGGAGCGCGCGCCGCGGCGCCGCGGCGACGCCGACCUGGACCUCGCGCUCGCGAUGACGCUCGACGAGGAGGAGGCCGCGCGCCGCGACGCCUACGAAGCGGCGGGCUCGGACGACGAGGCGCUCGCGCGCGCGCUCCAGUCCCAGGAGGACGACCGCCAUCAAGCUUUCGCCUUCGACGAUGAGGCGCUCGCGCGGCGCCUCGAGGAGGAGGCGAACCUCGAGGCCGUCAGGCGCCUCGCGGCGCGCGAUGAAAAUGAAGACGCGCGCCUGGCCUUCGAGCUCGAGCGGCAGCAGCACGAGGCCAUGAAACGGGCCGAGGACGACUUUUCGGUGGCGGCGCGCGUGCAGCGCGAGCUCACGGCGCGCGAGGAGGACGAAAAGGCGGCAGCACGGCGUCGCGAGCUCGAGCCGCCGUCGCGAUUAACGCGGCCCGCCGAGGCGCCUCAAAAGGAGAACAGAAAACAGCGGCGCGAGCGCAUGCUGCUCGAGGAGGCCCGCGAGAUCGAAAAGAGGGCGGCUAUGAGCCUGGGCCGGGACCCGUCGCUCGACGAGCUCGCCGACCAGGCGGCGCGCGACCAGGCGGCGGGCGCGGCGACGACCAGCCGCACGUCGGCGGCGCACGCGAUCGCGGCGCAGAGCGGCGGCGACGUCUUUGGGAACAUCGACUACGCCCUCGGGCGGGCCGCCGACGCGGAGCGCCUCGCGGCGGACCGCACGUACGACCAGCGGCGCGAGCUGCUGGCGCGGGCGUCGCACCGGCCGGACGACUCCAACAGGUUGCGGGCCGCCGCGCUCCGCCAGCGCGCGGAGAAGCAGGGCGACCGCGCGGCCGGGCUGUACUUCGCGGCGAACAACGGCCACAUCCUCGACGAGGCGCGCGACGUCGAGCGGGCGCGCAAUUUAGGAUUGGAGGGCGUGCUGAACGAGGCGCUGGUGAAUUUACACGCGGCCUUUUCGAACGGCGAGCGCGUCCAGGUCGACCUGCACUGGCUGACGCGGCGCGACGCGACCUUCGUCGUCGACGAGGUCCUGGACGUGCUGCAGCGCGCGGAGUGGCGCAACGACCCGGACCUCUUCUUCCAGGUCGGCCAGGGCCGCCACUCCGCGGGCGGGCGGCCGGUCCUCCACGGCGCCGUCUGCGACUGCCUCGAGAAGGACAUGCGCUCGUCGCUCCGCGCCCGCGAGGGCCUCGACCACGUCCACGUCUGGCACCGUGCGGGGCGGGACCGGUACGCGGCUGGGUAAGUGUGUUGUUUGAC